CAAACUCACCACGCGUCACUUGCCCUCUCUGGUCCUUCUCCUCCUUCUGCCUCCAAAUCCCCCACAAAUCCACCACCUGCCCCUUCACCUGCACUCCACCUAUCACUCAAGAGCUCCACCCAUGGCUAACAAUGGUGUCGAAAGCAAUCCUCUCUUGCAAGACUUCGAGUUCCCUCCCUAUGAUGCUGUCAAGGCUAAGCAUGUUCAUCCUGGGAUUCACGCUCUCUUAAAGAAGUUGUAUAGCGAUCUGGAGGAACUGGAGAGGACGGUCGAACCAUCAUGGCCAAAGCUUGUGGAGCCAUUGGAGAAGAUUGUGGAUCGUUUGGAGGUGGUCUGGGGGAUGAUCAAUCAUAUUAGGGCUGUCAAGGAUACAGUUGAUCUGCGUGCUGCGACAGGGAAAGUUCUGUCAGAGAUGGUUAAGUUUCAGCUGAGACUCGGGCAAAGUAAACCAAUUUACAACGCUUUUAAAGCUCUCCAAGAGUUACCUGAUUGGAAGAUGCUGAGCGAUGCUCAAAAACGUAUAGUGGAAAAGCAAGUAAAGGAAGCAGAUCUGAAGGGAAUUGCCCUGGAAGAUGGCAAAAGAGAAGAGUUUAACAAAAUUGAGCAGGAACUUGGCAAAUUAUCCAAACAGUUUGAUGAGAAUGUCUUCGACGCCACAAAGAAAUUCGAAAAAUUGAUUACCGAUAAGAAGGAUAUUGAAGGAUUGCCUGCUACAGCUCUUGGUUUGGCUGCACAAACAGCAGUGUUGAAGGGGCAUGAAAAUGCAACUCCAGAAGAUGGACCCUGGGUGAUCACUCUGGAUGCUCCAAGCUUUACCUCUAUCAUGCAACAUGCUCGAAAUAGAGCUUUACGUGAAGAAAUCUACCGUGCUCAUGUUACUCGGGCAUCUAGCGGAGAUACCAACAACACUUUAAUUAUAGACCAGAUUUUGAAGCUUAGAAUGGAAAAAGCUAAGAUUCUAGGUUAUAAUAAUUACAGUGAGGUUAGCAUGGCAAUGAAAAUGGCUACCGUUGAUAAAGCCGAAGAGCUCCUAGAAAAACUCAGGAGUGCUUCAUGGGAUGCUGCUGUUCAAGACAUGGAGGACCUAAAACGUUUCGCCAAAAGUCAAGGGGCAAAAGAAUAUGAUGAUUUGAGGCAUUGGGACAUUAACUUCUGGAGCGAGAGGUUGCGUGAAUCAAAAUACGACAUCAGUGAGGAAGAAUUACACCCGUAUUUCUCAUUGCCAAAUGUAAUGGAGGGCCUUUUCAACCUUGCUAGGACACUUUUUGAAAUUGAGAUUGAGGCUGCUGAUGGACUAGCACCGGUCUGGAAUAAUGAUGUUAGAUUCUACCGUGUAAAAGAGUCUUCAGGAAAUCCAGUUGCAUACUUUUAUUUUGAUCCCUAUUCUCGACCAUCAGAGAAAGGGGGAGGUGCAUGGAUGGAUGAGGUUGUCGGUCGAAGCCGUGUGCUAUCUCGAGAUGGUGCAAGUGCAAGAUUACCAAUUACUAACAUAGUGUGCAAUCAAACCCCACCUGUGGGGAACAAGCCAAGCCUUAUGACGUUCCGAGAGGUGGAAACUGUUUUUCAUGAAUUUGGUCAUGCACUUCAACACAUGCUAACCAAACAGGACGAAGGCCUUGUUGCUGGCCUUAGAGGGAUAGAAAAGGAUGCUAGAGAAUUGGCCUCCCAGUUUAUGGAGAACUGGUGUUACCACAGGGAAACCUUGAUGGGAAUUGCAAAGCACUAUGAAACUGGCGAGAGUCUCCCUGGAGCUGUAUAUAGAAAGCUCCUCGCUGCUAAAACUUUUCGUGCAGGCUCCUUAGUCCUUCGCCAGGUAACAUUCGCAAGUGUAGAUCUGCAGCUUCAUACAAACUAUGUUCCUGGUGGGUCGGAGUCUCUAUUUGAUGUGUAUCAAAGGGUUUGGGAAAAAACCCAGGUAAUCCGUCCACUUCCUGAGGAUCGAUUCCUUUGUAGCUUUGGCCAUAUAUUUUCAGGUGGACACGCAGCUGGGUAUUACAGCUACAAGUGGUCAGAGGUGCUAGCUGCGGAUGCGUUCUCUGCCUUUGAGGAUGCAGGUUUAGAUGACAGCAAGGCUGUCAAAGAAACAGGGCAAAGGUUCCGAGAUACGAUCCUUGCUCUUGGAGGUGGAAAAGCUCCAUUACAGGUUUUCACUGAAUUUCGGGGUCGUGAGCCUUCACUCAGCGCAUUCCUCAGGCAUAGAGGCCUUUCACCAGUUGCAGCAUAAUGCUGUCCUAAUGGCUACUUCCGUUUCUAUGGGCCGAAAGGAAGGUUGGGGUCAUGGACAAUUUUUAAAUACGCAGAUCAUAUGUGGUUCAUUCCAACCAUAGCAAUUCGAUCGUUGAAAAUAAAUAUCUAAUUCACUGUAUGGAGAAACAAUUGUUUUAACCUUUUCUUCCCUUUUAUGUACGCUAGUCCGUAUAGUGGAGAACACAUGUGGAUCAAGGGAAGACUAGAGAGUUUCUCAUUUUAAAUACUAGACAGUUUCUCAUUCUAAAGACUUCAGAAAUUUCCUGAUUUCAUACGGAUUUCUUGCAAGUGUUUGAAUUCUAAAACCUGAAAUGGCCAUC